CAGCGCAGCAGAGCUAGCCCUCGCGAGCACGGCGUGGGCAGCCAGGCAGUAAGGUAACAACAGCGCAUCACUACGCUGCGCUGCACAGCAUCGCACACCACCACACCGCACAGCUCGCCCGCGAAAUAGGCCGGCUGCUGGAGAUGCCCCUCUGAGCCAAUGGCACCCAGCCGACCAGCCUUACCUGCUAUUUCCCUCGCCUGCCUCACCAGGGCUUGAAUUCGCCUAUUUGCCGGCCUCACCCUCGGCCUUUGCUCAGCUCAGUCCCGUCUCCAUAUCCUCGAGCCGCUCAUGUCCCCGAUCACUUCGACCGUCGGUCUGUCCGUCCGUCGCCUGUCUGUGCUACAUACCAAGCCCCCGACGCGGCAGUAGUAGAGCCCUUUCCCGGCUUCCACUUCGCAUUCCUCAUCCCUCUUCAGCUCCAACCGCCACGGGCAGACCCGCGCACCACGACCGGCCACCAUAGCCGAUUCAAUUCUUCUCCUCCGACCCGACCUCGACUUCCCCGGCCCGAACCGUCCGCUGCCCGCUCUCUUCCGCCCUUCCUCGGCCUCGUUGCCGCACUCUGCUCCUUCAUGGAGCCCUCCAGCAAGAAGAGAAAGCUGGCUCCCAAAGUCAACGCUUCCCCGGCCCCCAAUCCUCAGCCUGGCCCAUAUCCACACGAAACGCCAACCCAGCAGCCCACGCAACCGCCAGCACAGCACUACGUCGCCCACGAUGCUCCCCCCCUCGCCGAGCGCCAUGAUUUCGAGUCCUUUGCCCGACACCUGCAGGACGCCGCCAUGUUGAUCCAGCGCCAGACCGAACGCCCGCCUUACUCUGACGUUUCUGUCUUGCUGCUGAGCUGGGAGGAGGACCAGACGGUCGACGACGACCUUGCCGCACUCGAGACCGUCCUGCAAAAGCAAUACAACUUUGGGACCCAGCAAUGGCAGAUUCCCACGGUUCCCAAUCCCAGCAUCAAGCUCGGCGUUCAAAUGGCCUCAUUCUUAGAGCAGGCGAGGCCAGAUCACCUUUUGAUAAUAUACUACGCUGGGCACGGCUAUGUCGGCGCGGACAAUCAACUGUACUGGGCAUGGUGAGUUGCCGCGGUUCGGUUCUCCCAGAGUUCGUGCCCCGUGUCUUGCUGACAGAGCGCUCUGCAGCAAAGCUGGGGAAGAUGCCGCCAAGCUCAAGUGGGAUGGUGUCCGUUGCUUGUUCGAGGAUGCCCAGUCAGACAUCCUCAUGCUGCUGGAUACUUGUGCGGUUCCGGAUCCGCCCAUUGCGGGAAGCCACGGCGUCAAACAAGUCAUUGCCGCAGGCGCCCCGGGGCGUAACCAUCGGGACGAUUCCGCCCGCUCCUUCACGGCUUGUCUCGUCGACGCCCUUAACAAGCUCAACACAGGCAGACCUUUCGGCGCCCAAAGGCUGUAUGAAGAGGUGCUUGCAGCAAGGCAGCAGGUGGCCUCCCAAGCUCCGCAUGUGCCCAAUGGGUCGUCGGCGCCGCCUUUGGUGACCCAAUUGCCCGUUUUCUUCACAAUCACGCCCGGCAAGGGUCAGAACGUGACCCUGGCACCGCUCCAGCCGCGUGCGCAGAGAACUUCACGAAACGGCGGCGAUGGCGGUGCCAAUGGACGCCCAGCGCAAGGAAGGGAGGAUCAACUGAUCGACCCCGACUCCGUGGCCGACCUGCGGUUCGACGAGGCGCGCAUCCUCGUCUGCACCACCUUUGUCGGAGACGCGAGCCCCGACAUGUCCUUCUUCAACCAAUGGCUCCAGAACACGCCUCCUCUCGGCUUCAAGAUUGCCGUUGAAGGCAUGUUCUUGGGUCCUCCAACCAUGCUCCUGAUAUCCAUGCCUCACUCCAUCUGGAAUGUUGUACAGCAUGACAAGGUUUGCUGCUUCCUGGGCUACAUCAGCUCUCAUAACAUGAUUCAUCUCUACGAGAAGCUAGUGGGCCCGGCGGGCGUGCGACCAUCUGCCAAGGAGGUCGAGGAUGGCCGCAUACUAUUGGAGGCUCGAGAGUUGGCCGCGGGAACGCCGGCCAGGUCGUGGAGAGACUCCGACGGCCACGAUCAACCUUACCACUCGUCUGCGUCGCGCGACCGAUCCCUGCAUGACGGCAGGCCAGACUUGGCGGCCCAAGUCAGUCCUUCGAGGGGCUCGUACGUCCCCGGGGGGGCCGAGAAACCCAAGGAUGAGGUCGAAGACUCUGCCGAGAUGCAGGAGGCUGCGGAGCAGCUCAAGGCUCUCAGCCAUGUCCGCCAUCGUAGCGACGAAACGCUUGCCGCUGCCAAUCAGCGGCCGCGUACCAGCCUCCCUGAGGGUAUUCCCAAUGCCGGCAUAGACGGCAUGCAGCAGACCCAUGAGGCGGCUUUGGUAGACAUGGACAAUGCUACGGCGGCGGCUGAUCUCAAGCUGACGCCCACGUCUCGCUCCAAAACCAUCCGACGCUCCGUCAUGAAGCCAGAGACGCGAUGCAACCACUGCAGCCACGCGCCCUUCAAGGACUCGUCCUCGCUGCGCAAGCACAUUGCGGCCGCCCACACGCGCCCAUUUCCCUGCGCAUUCUCCUUUGCCGGCUGUACCAGCACAUUCGGUUCCAAGAACGAGUGGAAGCGUCAUAUUGCGUCUCAACAUCUCUGCCUGCAGUUUUAUCGCUGCUCGCAAUGCCCGCAGAGUGCUGUGGAGGGCAAGGGCAACGAGUUCAAUCGCAAAGACUUGUUUACGCAGCAUCUCCGACGCAUGCAUGCCCCGUUCCAGGUCAAGCGCGCCAUGUCCAAGGGGGAGACGAAGCUCUUGGCCGAGUGGGAAGAACACGUCAAGAGCAUGCACCAGACGUGCCUCGUCACGCGCCGGCAACCGCCACAGAAGUCCGCUUGUCCUAAGCCCGGUUGCCACUAUGCGUUUGACGGGCCUGGAUCUUGGGACGAGUGGACGGAGCAUGUCGGACGGCACAUGGAGAAGGCCGAGGCUCAAAACCUAGGCGUUGAUUCAUUGCUGGCGCAGUGGGCCCUUGACGAGGGUAUCAUCAAACCCAAAGGCAACGGAGAGUACCGGCUCAGCGCCAACAAUGGCUUGGCCGGUGGCAAUCCUCAGGGCAACGGGUCUUCCAUGCUCGAUCGAAAUGACUCAUCGCUCAUGUCUCUCGCCGAUACGUCCCAGCUCGACUCGUCGCAGGUGGAGGACACAUCUAUGGUGGAUGCUGGGCCUCCAGAAAACGACGCUGGUGAGGGGCAGUCGUCCGUAACAUGAGAGGGCGGCUCAUCACCACUCACCACCUUGCGGUUCUCGGGUUCGACUACCUGUUUUAUUUUCCUCAUACUUUUAUCUUGCUCUUUGCAAACCUGCGGCCGUUUCCAAAGUGAAAACGGCCACGAAUGAACGACGUCAAUGACACGGAUGCAUUCUUCUAGCCACGCAUCUCGGGAGCGAAAAACGCCACAAAAGGCGGCGGUUGUUUGAUUCUAUAUUUCAUUAUAGUCCACGGCGGGAUUCCUGGUUUUUCUUUAUUCUCCCUCGAUAUGGGAUCACACUGCGCGGCGAAACGAGAUUGGGAAAAUGCAUUGACAUCCAUUGGGCUCCUCGGAGGCAAAGACAAAACAAGAACAAGAACAAGAGCACGCGAGAGGGGGUUUGGAAUGGGAACCUAACCACUCUGGCCCUUCUCCCCCAUCAUUCCGCCGGACGAGCUUAACGUGCUCCUCCGUUGGAAAUGCCCCGUUGGCCCCUAUGAGCUUGGAGUUCUUUGUCUUUUGUCGUUGUUGCCAGAAUUUCGGGUGCAUAUUAUUUGGGGUCAAAAGACAUUUGGGUUGGGAGAAAAGCUGUCGGACGAGAGCAGCAGCCUAGGUGGCUGGGCCGAAUGCCGACAUGGAUGGAUGGAGAGGCGAUUGUGUUUGUGCCUGCCGUUUCGGCGGGCGGGGGAAGCGGAUAUUUGGUGGUGCUACUUGGCAAAUGUCAUGGUUCAGGGCCGGAACGACACGGUACAGUGGCAAGAAAAUGCACGAGAUGUCGUCGAAGGCAGUCAGUGGUCGUGGUGAAGGGCUGCAGCUGUGUGUGCAUACAUCAUCGGGCAUGCUUCGAGGAUACACACAUGGCGCAUCGUCGGCGUCGUCGUCAUGGGAAAAUUCAAAACGAAGAUGACAGCAACGACGCUGGCCCGCAUCAUCUUCAUUCAUUGCCACAUUUGCAUUACUGGCGCUCACCACCACCAUCACCACCACCACUACCAGUACCAACUAGGUUGCCAUCGUGUAUGAUCCCGCUGACGAGCAUACUGCGCCUGCUACAUGUAGUGCCUCACAUGCCAUCAAGCUUGACCCUGCCCGGCCUGUUAAGCUUGACGUGGAC